CACGGAAGCGCCGUGUUCGGAAGAACGAAGUCGAACUCUGUAAUCUCUCAUCUGAACGUGUUUAGCUGUGUGCUUUGUUUUUAAUUACAAUUCGUGACUACUCCGAAUUAUGUUGUCAAUGUUGUAGUAUCUGACGCCAUUUAAAUAAGCUGUCAACAAACCUCUUCACGAAAGAUGCCAGCUCGUAGCUUUGUGUCCAACGGGAUUCCUGCUAGUAAAGUGAAGUACUCCAGGUUGUCCACUCAUGACGACGGCUAUAUUGAUUUACAGUUCAAAAGAAGCCCACCCAAAGUCCCAUACAAAGCCAUAGCACUCGCCGCAGUCCUGUUCUUGAUCGGCUCUCUGUUAAUCAUCAUUGGUGCUCUUCUGUUGGCUGGAUACUUUGGAUUCACUCACUCGGAUCGUACCAUUCCCGUCCUGAUUAUAGGGAUCCUUGUUUUUCUUCCUGGAAUUUACCACCUGCGAAUAGCUUACUAUGCAUCGAAAGGAUAUCCGGGAUACUCAUAUGAUGAUAUCCCAAACUUUGAUGACUAAAAUGCAUGAUGCUUUCUUUGAGGGCAUCUUGAAGCGUGAUGAAAUCCUCAGUUUUCUGACAUGAAUCCCUCUUUUACAGAUACAGCUUUUUCUUUUCUUUUCUUUUUUUUUUUAUUUUUAUCACAGUACUCAUAUUGUACCCUUGCUGGUAUGAAACAAACGUAAAUAUUGCCUGAUUUGUGUAUUUAUGUUGGUACCUAGUAAAUUCAGACAGCUACAAUUUUAGAUGUAUGAUUAUU